AUGACUUCCAUUUCUCAGCAAUCUCAACCCAAAAGCCAGGCAGUUUCUGCACCUGCGAUCAUCCAUAGUAGCUCUGCAAACAUUGGUGCAGGUUAUGUUCCCAAUGGAGAUGGAUCCAGAGGUGGAAUACAGUUCGGAUCCGUUAUGGACUCUCCCAUCCCAAGAGUAGUCUCGCCUGCCAACUCACCAUCUCCUAUCCCACAACCAACGGCAAGUGGUGGACGACCUCCUUCUGGAACGGCACAGCAAGGAAACAUGACCUUUGGUAGUUUGGGUAACGAUGGCGAUCGACACAUGCGACAAGCAGCCUCGCAAGGACCAUUAGCACCUAACAGUCAGGCAGGUGGUCACCUUCGUCGUGAAUCAUCGCAUUCGGCGCAAAGUGACAGCAAUCAAGCUCCAGGAGCAGGACGUGGCAGCUAUCAACAAGGUGGACGCGGUCGUGGACGUGGUGGCAUGCCUCCUUUCCAAACCCAAGGUCGGCCACAAUAUCAGAACUCCCCACACCAAGCUGCUCGAAGCCCAGCCCUUUCCAACUCGAUUCCUGGUACCCCUAACAUGAACCAAGCAAUGCCUAUGCAAAGCCCACAGCAGUUUAACGCUCAUGCUUACUACCAGCCGCCUCACAUGGGAGGUCCUCAAGUACAACAAGGAGCUUACCAACAACACUCGGUAAACCAAUGUCCUUCUUACUCCAGCGAUUCCUUCUCUUUUCAAUCUUUCAAUCGUGGUGGUAGAGGCAAGAGGUGGAUUGACAAGUCUUCAACCCAUCAUUACCGAAAGCCUUCAACAGAACCUUUCGGUCAGGACUUCACCCACAAUGAACAGGCAUUCCCGCAUGGUAGCAAUGGUCAAGGUAUUGCCAGAAAUAGAAAAGAAUCCAUGCAGUCGGAGCACCAGGAGCAUGGCUUUCCUGUUUCCAACCAACAGUCGAAAUUGCCAUCACCUCCCGCCAAGGAUUCAGUUAUCCCGAAGAAACCUGCAGAUCUAAAUUCUACGAACCCAAGCCUCCCUCCUCUCCCUUCUGCUACUCCCCAUUUCAACGUUUCUCCUGAUGUUUCCAAUAUUGACUUUUCGCCAGCUUCUGGCAACUUUGAUCAAUUUCUAACUAUGAAACAGAAUUACAAUGCCUACGCUCAACCUUAUCCCGGUAUGAUGCCAAUGGGUGCUCCUCCAUCUUUUCAGUAUCCUCAAGCGAGUUACAUGCAUCCCGUUCCCCCACAAUCACCGCAACCAGGUUACCAGCAGCCAAGCUACAUUCCCGGUCAAUAUGCACCACAAGCACAACCGAUGUCUCGCAAUUCAUCCCAGAUGUCUGAACACCGACCAGCUUCGAGCAUGGGUCAGGCACAAGCUCCUUCGAUUACAUCCUCCACUUCACAUACACCUCAACCAAAAUCUGCAACUCAAACUUCUGCAUUCUCGAGACCAGCUCGCAAAAGUGCUGCUAUCGUCAUCAAGAGACCUGACGGCGACGUCUUGAAUGUUGACGCAAUCAAAGCACCUGCGUCCCCAGCUCCUAGUAACAGGACUAGAACGCCACCUGUCAUUGCUUCUUCUACACCAACGCCUCCACCAAAGUCCGCCACUCCCCAACACACUCGUACUGAUAGCUUAGCUACAAAGUCUGCCGAAGAAAUCCGUCAAGAGAUGCAAGAGAAAGUGAAGAAAAUGGCAGCAGGUGGUGACAAGAUUGACGAGGCCAAGAACGAGGAGGCUGCCAAGGCAGCGGAAGCCGCCGCCGCUGCUGAAGCCAAGUUGAAGGAGGAAGAAAAGAUCAAGGAGGAGGCGAAAGCCGCCGAGGAAGCUAAAGCCAAGGAAGAAGCAGAUGCUAAAGCUGCGGCCGAAAAGGCUCAGAAGGAAGCCGAUGAUGAACUUGAGCGACAAAUUGCCGAGAUGGAAGCCGCUGACGUCGAAAGAGAAAAGAAAGAACAGGAAAUGCUCACCAAGCGUAACGCCGAGAAAGCAAAGGCUGCUGCUGAGAAAGCUGAAGCUGAGAAGGCCGAUGCUGAAGAGAACGAUCGCAAACUCAAGGAGCAGGAGCGCGAAAUGGAACGUCUCGAAGAUGAGCGUGAGAAGAAGAGAGGAGAGGCCGAAGCAAAGGCUAAAGGAGGCGACUCUAAGAAGGAUGUCGCCAAUGAGGAGACCCCAGAUACCCUCGCCACAAAGCUUUCAAAGGCUACACUCGAAACCGACAGCGGUGCAUCAACUCCCACUUCUGAUGAAUCCAUGGGACCACCUCCUAAGUCAUUCGCAGCAGAGAAGCGAGGCAAACCUGCUGCGCUUAACCUUGCACCCCUCAAUACCAAGCCUGUUGAGCCACCUCAACCUAGUGCAGCCCUCCAGUCGCUCAAGUCUGCUCGUUUCUUGGCUGUCCUUGACUCUUCCAUCUAUCCAGCCAACAUCAGUUCACCAAACCCUGCUUUGAACUCUGCUGUCAACGCUAAAGGCAAGACCUUCAAAUACGACAAGGAGUUCUUGCUCCAAUUCCAAAAGGUAUUCACUGAGAAACCUUCCAUGGAAUUCGAAUCACAGAUCAAGGCUCUUAUCGGAGAUGGUGAUGGAGGCUCUGCCAGACCUGGUGGAUCACAAAGAACACCUGGUGGCAUGGGUCCUCGAGGAUCAAACCGUGGCGGUGGAAACGCUGUUGGUCAAUUCACCAUGGGUCAAUUUGGGGCUCAAGGUGGAAAGACUCUUCCACCUGGUACUACAAGUGCCGAGCGUUUCGCAAUGUCCCAAGGCAACAUGGCACGACCAGCAGUCAACCCUAUGGCUUCAUUCCAGCGUCCUGGUGGAGCGUUCCCCGGUGGAAAUUCUAUGCAACGAGCCAAUUCCACCAAUUCCUCCAUGCCACAUUCCCCACGUCAAGCAAGCAGAUCCACUCGCGGCGGCAGCAAGCGUGAAGGCGGCUACCAAGGUAGCAAUGCUAAGCAAGACGCUCAAUCAGCUGCAAAGAUGCCUCUCACCAGUGGCAUGGACAUCAAACCCAUCCAAGUUACCUCUACUGGUUGGAAACCACGCAGUAUCGGCCAAACCCAAUCAGCUACCGGUGCUGCUGGGCCCACUCCUGGUGCCGUUCCAGGCACUGGCCACAUGGAACCUGAUUUGGUUCAAAGAAAGGUCAAGGCAGCUUUGAACAAGAUGACCCCGGAGAAGUUCGACAAGAUUGCGGACCAAAUCUUGGCCAUUGCUGCGCAAUCCAGGGACGAAGCAGAUGGCCGCACGUUGCGACAGGUCAUCCAACUUACUUUUGAGAAGGCCACUGAUGAGGCUCACUGGGCUUCAAUGUAUGCCAAAUUCUGCAAGCGCAUGUUAGAGACCAUGAGCCCUGAAAUCAAGGAUGAGAGCAUUGUUGAUAAGAAUGGAAACAUUGUCUCCGGUGGUAAUCUUUUCAGAAAAUACUUGCUCAACAGAUGUCAAGAAGAAUUCGAGAGAGGUUGGAAGAUCGAUUUGCCAGAGAAGCCAGAGGGUGAACGCGAGGAUGCCAAGACUGAAGAAGCUGUUAUGCUUUCAGAUGAGUACUACAUUGCUGCAGCUGCUAAGAGACGUGGUCUCGGUCUCGUUCAGUUCAUUGGUGAACUGUACAAGCUUAGCAUGCUUACGGAGCGUAUCAUGCACGAGUGUGUUAAGAAACUUGUGGAUUACAAUGGUCUUCCUGACGAAGCUGAGAUUGAGUCACUGACCAAACUUCUUAAGACCAUUGGUCUCAACCUUGACAGUACCGAGAAGGGUAGACCAUUGAUGGAUGUUUACUUCACUCGCAUUACGAACAUGCUCGACACACCUGACUUGCCAAGUCGUCUGAGAUUUAUGCUUAUGGAUAUUGUUGACCUUCGUAGAAAGCGAUGGGCAUCAAAGGAAGCCAACAAGGGUCCCAAGACGCUCGAAGAAGUCAGAGCAGAGGCCGAGGCUGCUGCUGCACAAAAGGCUGCCGAGAACUCCAGGAGCCAAAGAGGUGGUGGUGGUAACCGCCUGCAAAUGGGUCGUGGUGAUGGAAGAAACUUUUCUGGUGGAUACAAUAACAACCAACCUCCUCCUGAUUACCAGAAGAAUACUGUCGCCAAUGAUGACCUUCGUCGUCUUACGAACAAAGGUGGUGCAAGCCGACAAACCAAUGCACAGAUGUCCUUUGGACCCACAUCUAUGUUCUCCUCGAGAAGCAACAGUGGGCGAAAGAUGGGUCCAGGAGGUUCCUUGAGCAGAACAGGUGAAGACUCGGGAGCUUCAUCGAGAACUGGCACACCCCCGCAAGACAAGGAUAGGAAAUCGGCUACUUCCGCAAAUGCAUUUAGUCUACUUGCAGGAUUGGGAUCUGGUGAGCCAGAGAAUCCAGCAUCCCCUCCUUCUACCCAUACUUCUCCAGUAUUGUCGAAAUCCACAGCAGCAUCCGACAAGAAGGAGGGUGACUCUUGA